GCCAUGUGUCUGGUCGCUUUCUCCUCUAUGUAAAUAUAAACCAAUUGUAAAAAAUCCACAGUAACCGUAAGCUCUCUUCAUGAUAUUUCUCUACACUUGCUAAGUGAGCAACGAACUGACCUCUCAGAAAUGAGUCUCUGUGCCAUUUUUGGGCACUAUUUGGUUUUCAUUGUGGUGCUUAUGCCUACUUUGGUGCCUAAGAGUGAUGGUAAAUGUGCUUUUGAGGCCAUCUUCAACUUUGGCGACUCGAAUUCCGACACCGGCGGGUUUUGGGCAGCUUUUCCGGCACAGGCACCACCCAAUGGCAUGACCUAUUUCAAGAGACCUGUUGGCCGAGCCACUGAUGGGAGGCUAAUGAUCGAUUUCUUGGCUCAAGCUUUAGGGUUGCCAUUUCUGAGUCCAUACCUGCAAUCAAUUGGAUCUGACUAUAGACAUGGAGCCAACUUUGCAACAUUAGCAUCCACAGUUCUCCUACCAAACACAUCCUUGUUUGUCACUGGGAUUAGUCCUUUUUCUCUUGCCAUUCAGCUCAACCAAAUGAAAGAAUUCAAGGUCAAAGUUGAUGAGCUUCAUUCUAAAGGUCACAAAGGUGCGAGUAAUCUUCCUCAACCGGACAUAUUUGGAAAGGCAAUCUACACAUUCUAUAUUGGACAGAAUGACUUUACCUCCAACUUAGCAUCUCUUGGUAUUGGUAGAGUGAAGCAAUCUCUUCCUCAAGUGGUUUCUCAAAUUGCUAGCACCAUUAAGGUGCUAUAUGGGUUGGGAGGACGCACAUUUCUGGUACUUAAUCUUGCACCCGUGGGUUGUUACCCAGCCUUUUUGGUAGAGUUGCCACACAACAGUUCUGAUCUGGAUGCAUUUGGAUGCAUGGUGUCCUAUAACAAUGCAGUGGUGGACUAUAAUAACAUGUUGAAAGAUGCUCUUCACCAAACCAGACAAGGGCUGCAGCAUGGUACCAAAUCAUGUUGUGGAUAUGGAGGUGGUACCUACAACUUUGACCCUAAACUUUUCUGUGGAAACAGCAAGGUGAUUAAUGGGAAGACUGUGACAGCAACAGCUUGUGGUGACCCAUACAACUAUGUGAGCUGGGAUGGCAUACAUGCUACUGAAGCUGCAAACAAGCUUGUUACAUAUGCUAUUCUCAAUGGGUCUUAUUUUGAACCACCUUUUCAACUUAAUAAGUUGUGUCAGCUCCAACCUAUAGGCUGAUGAUAUGAUCUUUUGUCCACUAGGAAAUGUCAUGAAUAACAAUACACUAUCAAUCAUUGCUGAGAAAUGAUAUUCAUCAAUAAAUG